CAUGCACGCACAUACUCUGGAUUCUGUUACAGUAUACUGAGUCACUCACACGUUGCAGCAAACAUAAAAGUUGCCAUGGGGUCCAUGGAGGAAGAGCACACCUGUCCCUUGUGUCGUGACCUAUUCAGCCGAGCUCAACCCUUUCACUGCGGCCACAGCUUCUGUCCGACCUGUGUGCGAGAGGCCUGGGCCCAGAGUGCUGGUUCUGGCAGUGGAAGAUUUUUAUGCCCACAGUGUCUGGAGGAGCAGGGAGUGGUGGUUUGUGACUGCUGCCCAGAGGAGGGUGAUAAGGCUCAGGUGUAUCCCGCAGUGAAGACCUGCCUGCGCUGCGAGAUCUCUCUGUGUGAGCAGCAUCUGCGGCCACAUCUGCAGCGUCCCGCUUACAACAAUCACCUCCUAGUAGCGCCGCUUAGUGACAUAUCACGCCGCAGGUGCCCCGCCCAUCAGGAGGUGUUCUGGUAUUACUGCAAGGAUGACAGGGAGUAUGUCUGCACAGACUGCAUUCUGGAAGGGCAGCAUACUCAACACCAGGUCAAAGGGGUGAAAAAAGUGGAGGAGGAAUACAAAGUCAAAUUAAAAAGCCUUUUCCAGAAAGCAGAGGAGAAAGUAAAGCAAGGAGAAAGGAUGCUUCAAGAACAUCAGAACUCUAGUCGCACCAUUAUACAGGACUCCUCUAUAAGUGAUGUCUCCCAGGUGUUACAGAUGGGUUCAGCCCUGCAGGCUCAGGUGAGCAGACUGGUGUCAGCUGUAACGAACAUCACUGAGCAGGAGAGACAGCAGGCCAUACAGAGGGUGCAGAAGGACUGUAGCAGGGUGAGAGAGGAUGUAAAGCAGACUGAAAGCAUCCAUCGUUUACUAGGCUCCCUGCUUGAAGAGAGCGACCCCUUCCUGUUAAUCUGGGCUUUUCAGUCAAAGGAUUCACAGAUGGAGGCAGAUCUCAACGCACCAUUGUUCACGCCAGCUCAGCCAAGCAUGGAUAAGAAACGCGUCCUUGAGAAUGUGGAAAAUAAAUACAGAGAGUUCAUAGCUGAGACCCUGCGCUGCCUAAUUGAACUCAAGAGAGAUCUUUUAAGUAGCCCAUUAACAAUGGACAAAAACUCAGCUCAUCCUCUCCUAAAUAUCUCUGAUGAUCUACGGUCAGUGAUGAGGGUCAAAACCCGUUUAUCUGUCCCUGAUCAUCCUGAUCGCUUUGACCACUGGUCUCAGGUGGUCUCCUGUCAGAUAAUUUCUUCAGGAACACACUACUGGGAGCUGGAAGUAGAGGGUUUCUGGGAUAUAGCAGUGACCUACCACAGCAUUGGGAGAAAAUCUAAAGAGGGCACAGCCUUUGGCUGCAACAUGAUAUCCUGGAGUCUGACACAGCAGCAUGACAGGAAACUUGCUGCCUGGCAUAACCGAAGGAAAACACACCUCUCCACAAAAAUGAUUGGCAACCAUUUAGCAGUUGCCCUGGACUAUGACUCUGGCUCAAUUACCUUUUCAGAGGUGGGACCAUCUUCCACCCUGCUCCCCCUGCACAAGUUCAACACCAUCUUCACCCAGCCCGUGUGCCUGGGCUUUGGCCUCUACAAACCAGAGCUGAACAGCAAGGUCACCAUCCUCAAGAAAAUAUGACUGAACUCAUAUUUGUGUCGAGACAGGAAUAGACUUGUGAAACAUUAAUUUUAUGAAGACCUUUAUGUCUCUAAAUGGUACAGUAAUGAUAGAUGACACACUGACCUGCAAAAAGUAGACCUUGGUGUUAAUUUCAAGCAUGACCAACAUUUUUAUGUAUAAUUAGCCACAAACAAAAUGUUGCCCUCCACCAUAGUUCUCGUAUUUCAUUUCACUUGUGCAUAUUAAAACUUAGCGCACCGUGAUGGGUUACAAGACACAUGAAACCAAUGGUGUAAGGCAUCAUUGUUGUCAAAUAUGACACGCAUUUUCAUGUGCCAAAUAUGAAUAUGUUCAAGCACGAUUUGAGAGCUACUACAAAGGUAUUCAUUUUUGAGCAUGCUAUACAUUUAAGAAGCACUGAGAUCCAACAUAUAUGCUAUUUUCAUGUUUUCAGACUUAGCAGCCAUUCCUUAUAAUCUAGAACCAGCAUCUAGCAUCACUGUCAGCACU